CUGUCCGUCCUCUGAGAGAGCUCCUAGUCUCCCACCCCUCGAGUAUUGUGCAAAUUUCGAAGGUCGCCAUUAGCAGAGAGCUUAAAGGGCAAUCUCGCCGCUCCACCGCAAAGAGAGGCUUCUUCCUCUGCAGCACCAACAACAUCGACGCUGCGGCUGCAGUUUAUUCGGUGGCUUCGCCAGUGUUGUUUUCCCGGCGUCUCCGUUAAUAGUUCUUUAGUUUAUUUGCCGGUCACAUAACUACUUUUGUCCGAUCUGCUGUGGCUAGAAGAACUAGUUUUGGUUGGGGAUAAAUUUUUAAGGGAAAGGAUUUUGGCAGACAGUGUAGAAAGGAGUCAUGGGUGUCGAUGUUAGUUCUAGUAAGGGUAGCGGGAAGCAUUCCAGGGCGGUUGAUAAUAUGGAGGAGGACGAUCAAGGCUUGUCAAAUGUAAGCGAGCUGGGGAAAGAAAACCUCCAAAGUUUGUGUAAGAAGGCUACAAUGUUAUUCUUUGAUGAGUACGGGCUGAUCAGUCACCAGAUCAACUCCUACAACGAGUUCAUCAGCCAUGGCCUGCAGCAUGUUUUUGAUUCAUUUGGGGAGCUAAAUGUUGACCCUGGGUUUGAUCCCUCAAAGAAGGGUGAUAAAGACUGGCGAUAUGCUUCAGUGAGGUUUGGGAAAGUUACCCUUGAUCAGCCCACAUUCUGGGGUGGUGAAGGAAAUGUGAAAGAGUUCAAGAUGCUUCCUAGGCAUGCCCGCUUGCAGAGGAUGACGUAUUCAUCGAAAAUUAAAGUGGAGGUUCAUGUUCAGAUAUAUAUCCAAAAACUGGUUAGAAGCGACAAAUUUAAGACUGGGAAAGAACAGUACGUUGAUAAAGAGUCUGUCAUGGAGGACAGCAGGGAAAUAACUGUUGGGCGAUUGCCUGUCAUGGUGAAGUCUGAUAUAUGCUGGAUGAAAGGAGCUGACAAAGGGGAUUGUGAUUAUGAUCUUGGAGGCUACUUUCUGAUCAAGGGUGCGGAGAAGACAUUUAUUGCACAAGAGCAAAUCUAUCCAAAGAGGCUUUGGAUUAUAAACAAUCCAUGGGCAGUUUCAUACAAGUCACUGACGAAGAGGAAUAGGCUAGUUAUCAAGCUGGUAGGGAAUCCCCGAAGUGAAGAUAUUAAAGGUGGAGAGAAGGUGCUUACAGUAUAUUUUUUGUCAGUUGAGAUUCCUGUAUGGAUACUAUUUUUUGCCUUUGGUGUCUCAUCAGACAAAGAGGUCAUAGAGCUCAUUGAUUAUGGUCAUGAUGAAGCUGAUAUUCAAAAUAUUCUCUUUGCAUCCAUUCGUGAUGCUGAUGACAGUUGUGAAGGCUUUCGGCGAGAGAAUGUAGCCUGUAGUCACAUAGAAGGACUAGUAAAACGCAGCCAAUUUCCACCUACAGGAUCUAUUGAAGAGUGUCUGACUACAUAUGCUUUUCCCAAUGCUAGAGGCAUGAAUAGAAAGGCACGCUUCCUUGCAUAUAUGGUCAAGUGUCUAUUGCUCGCAUAUAGUGGCCGUCGAAAAUGUGAUAACAGGGAUGAUUUCAGAAACAAGCGGCUUGACUUGGCUGGUGAAUUGCUUGACCGGGAGCUGAGAGUGCAUAUUUCUCAUGCUCGGAAGCGUUUGGCAAAAGUUUUGCAAAGAGACCUUUAUGGGGAUCGUGAUAUUCGUCCAAUUGAGCACUAUCUUGAUGCAUCCAUAAUUACAAAUGGUCUUCAAAGGGCAUUCUCAACUGGAGCGUGGUCACAUCCUUAUAAAAGGACUGAAAGGAUAUCUGGUGUGGUAGCAAAUCUUGGGCGAACAAAUCCAUUGCAGACCAUGGCUGAAAUGAGAAGAACCAGGCAGCAGGUUCAGUACACUGGAAAGGUUGGAGAUGCUAGAUACCCGCAUCCUUCCCACUGGGGUAAGGUGUGUUUCCUCUCCACCCCAGAUGGUGAAAAUUGUGGACUUGUAAAAAAUUUAGCUGUUACUGGACUAGUUAGUUCAAAAACAACUGAAAAUAUACUACCUCAGCUAUUUGAUUGUGGGAUGGAAGAGCUGGUUGAUGAUACCUCUACUAAACUGGGUGGAAAGCACAAAAUCUUCCUAAAUGGGGAUUGGGUUGGAGUGUGUGCAGACUCCUCUUCAUUUGUGGUAGAGCUACGAAAUAAACGACGUGGAAAUGAAUUGCCUCCUCAGGUGGAAAUAAAAAGGGAUCAACUUCAACAAGAAGUGCGGAUAUACUCUGAUGGCGGAAGGAUUUUGCGUCCUCUUUUGGUAGUUGAUAAUUUAGGCAAGAUUAAAAGGUCUGAAUGGGAUCAAUCUUCUUUCCAGUCUCUUCUGAAUGAAGGAGUAGUUGAGCUUAUUGGGACAGAAGAAGAAGAGGACUGCUUUACUGCUUGGGGUGUUCAGCAUUUAUUUGCAGACGAAGCUAACAGUUCUAUGAAGUACACACACUGUGAACUUGAUAUGUCAUUCUUACUGGGUUUAAGCUGUUCUCUUGUACCGUUUGCUAAUCAUGAUCAUGCACGGAGGGUGCUCUACCAGUCUCAGAAGCACUCAUCACAAGCUAUUGGUUUUUCUACAACAAACCCGAGUAUCAGAGUUGAUACUUUGUCCCAUCAGUUGCACUAUCCCCAAAGGCCCCUUUUCCAUACAAUGACUUCUGACUGUCUUGGAAAACCAGAAUAUCCUCCUAGCCAUCUAGUAUUUCCAAAGCCUGAAUUUUAUAACGGGCAGAAUGCGAUUGUGGCUGUGAAUGUGCAUCUGGGAUACAACCAAGAGGAUUCCUUGGUGAUGAAUGCUGCUUCUUUGCAGCGUGGUAUGUUUAGAUCUGAGCACAUCAGGAGUUACAAAGCUGAAAUUGACAACAAGGAAUCAUCAGAUAAGAAGCGAAAACCUGAGGACAUCAUAAAUUUUGGAAAGAUACAAAGCAAAAUUGGUCGUGUUGAUAGCCUGGAUGAUGAUGGCUUUCCAUAUGUUGGGGCAAACUUGCAGAGUGGUGAUAUUAUUAUUGGGCGAUGUGCAGAUUCGGGGGCUGAUCAUAGUAUAAAGCUGAAACACACUGAAAGGGGGUAUGUUCAGAAGGUAGUGUUGUCAUCAAAUGAUGAAGGCAAGAAUUUUGCUGUGGUUUCUCUGAGACAGGUUCGGAGCCCAGUUCUUGGGGACAAAUUCUCUAGUAUGCAUGGACAAAAGGGUGUCUUGGGAUUUCUGGAGUCUCAGGAGAACUUUCCUUUUACAAAUCAAGGGAUUGUUCCUGAUAUUGUUAUAAACCCACAUGCAUUUCCCUCACGGCAAACUCCUGGGCAGCUCUUAGAGGCUGCUUUAGGAAAGGGGAUUGCUUGUGGUGGUAAAUUGAAACAUGCCACCCCUUUCUCUGCAGUCUCUGUUGAAGCCAUCACCGAUCAGCUCCACAGUGUUGGAUUUUCAAGAUGGGGAAAUGAGAGAGUAUACAAUGGGAGAACUGGUGAGAUGGUCCGUUCGCUUAUAUUUAUGGGUCCUACAUUCUACCAGCGACUGCACCACAUGUCUGAGGACAAAGUAAAAUUCCGGAACACUGGUCCAGUUCACCCGCUAACCCGGCAGCCUGUGGCAGACAGAAAGCGGUUUGGCGGUGUCAAGUUUGGUGAAAUGGAGCGUGACUGCCUGAUCGCGCAUGGUGCAUCCGCUAACCUGCAUGAACGCCUCUGUACUCUCAGUGACUCCUCUCAGAUGCACAUUUGCCGGAAGUGCAAAAAUGUUGCAAAUGUGAUUCUGCGCCCAGUGGCUGGCGGCCGUAAAGUAAGGGGUCCCUACUGCCGCUUCUGUGAAUCGCUUGAUGACAUUGUCAAGGUCAGCGUGCCCUAUGGAGCCAAAUUAUUGUGCCAGGAGCUUUUUAGCAUGGGCAUUAGUCUUAAAUUUGAAACCCAACUCUGCUAAAGCCCUUUUCCUACAUGUUCCUCGUGUAGCCUAUGCCCUAUAUGCUGCUUUUCGGCCUGACUUUUUUUUCCUGAAAUAUCAGCUUCUUAAGUUGGAGUAAA